CGUAUAGCAUGUUCUAUAUGUUAUAGUUAUUUGAAUGACUCUUACCAUAAUAUGUUACGUUAACAUACCAGGCACGUUCUCAGUUGGUUAUUUAUGCGUCAUAUAACGUACACUUAUUCAGCCUGUUGUUCACUAUUCUCUAUUUAUUUUAAAUUGCCUUUCAAAUGUAUAUUCUUGGUGUUGGGUUUUAUCGAAUACAUUUCCCCCAAAAAUGCGACUUAUACUCCAGUGCGACUUAUAUAUGUUUUUUUCCUUCUUUAUUAUGCAUUUUCAGCCGGUGCGACUUAUACUCCGGAGCGACUUAUACUCCGAAAAAUGCGGUAAUAGAGAUGAUUAUUAAUUUAGUGGAGCGACUCCACACUGUGUAUGUCAGCCAGACAGGAUCAGCAUUAAAAUGAUCACAUACUUUUCACAAAAAUCGUCUGAUACCAAUGGGUGGCCAAAUGAUCAGCACACUCCUAGUUUACAGUAUAUUAAGUCAUACUUUUCCAUUAUGGUGGUAGUUUCAAAAUAUGAUGCCGUUUUCUCACCCCCUCCAGGGCCAUUCCACACUAGCGGCAUCACAGGAUUUCAGCACACCAUUAACAUGGACGGCAGGGACGAGUUCACCGAAGACAGUGAAUGCUGCAGCAACAAUUCCCAGGAAGUCCUCGGACAGGAGAGCAUCUCAGAAGACAGCGAUAGCGACCUCGACCACCACGGCGAAGACUCCUCGUCAAACACCUCGGCUGAUGACCACAUGACCGCCAAGAGGGCGCAGUGCCGCCUGCAGGGAGCGGGAGUCAAAGAGGAAAACGAGGAAGGGUCCGACCACUUUGUAUGUCCUCUUUGCACACUGGACUUCAGCAGCCCUGAGAAGCUCAUCUCCCACGUCUACCAGCACACAAGCAUGACGAGCAGCACCAAGAGCUACGUGUGUCCCGUGUGUGGGCGAGCGCUGAGUUCGCCCGGCUCGCUAGGACGCCAUCUUCUCAUCCACUCCGAGGACCGCCUCUCCAACUGUGCCGUCUGUGGAGCACAUUUCACAGACACCACCAACUUCAACAGAGAGAAGCUGAAAGAUGUCCUGGAUACGACCAGGCUGGAUGUCUCAGGUGGAAGGGACACGUGUCCCCUGACCCACUCGCUCUCCAGCAGUCCCAUGGCCAGUCCAGGACCCGACCCUCUUUCCUGCCACAGACCAGGACCGGGUCCCAGUUCCUGUCAGGGCCCUCAGCCAUGCCAAGUUCCCGACCCCAGCACAGGUCUCUGUCAGGCCCAUCGAACGUGUCACGAGUCGGUCCACAUCUCCAGUUUGUGUCAGGGUCCUGGACCAGACCGAGGUUCCUCCUUCCCCUCGCUGCCUGACAGUCUGCUCUCUGAAGGACCGUCGCUCGCGUCCAUUCCCGACUCCCUUAACUCCUCCCCCUCCGGUCUUCCUCCAAUCCCAGACAUCCUGAGUCCGAUGCCCGUGUAUCCUGCCGGAGUUCUCCUGGUGUGCAACAGCUGCAUGGCCUACCAGCAGCUGGUGGACGCCCAGUCCCCCGCACGCAAAUGGGCUCUGCGCAGGAAAAGCGAGCCGGUAGAGGCGCGCAUGCAUCGCCUGGAGCGCGAACGCACGGCCAAGAAGAACAAGCGCGCGUGCGAGACGGACGAAGAGCGAGAACUGCGGCGUCUGCGGGACCGCGAGUCCAAGCGCAUGCAGAGGAUGCAGGAGACGGAGGAGCAGCGGGCGAGGCGUCUUCAGCGGGACAGGGAGGCCAUGCGCAUGAAGAGGGCCAACGAGACACCCGAGAAGAGGCAGGCCAGGCUGAUACGCGAGAGGGAGGCAAAGAGGAUCAAGCGGCGGCUGGAGAAGAUCGACCCCGCCCUCAGGACGCAGAUAGAACACGACCCCGCCGCUAUGGCUGCCCUGACGGCGGACAUGAGCCUAUUUCAGUUCCCCUGCUCGGUCCCUUCUAUGGAUAAUGGACUCUUUAUGAAGCUGCCCUAAGAAGACCACUUUCACUUUCACUUCAUUCUAACGCUGCCUUCACACUUGUCUUUGCUGCGCUUAAACCAACUCUCAUGUUUAUGGCGUCAAAGCAGUAACAAAAUCCUUGCGCGUAAAAACCACACUCAUGACCUCUCUGCACGAGCGACUCAUUUUGCGCACUGCAAUUUAAUUGCCAUUUGCCCAGAUUUUAAAUUGUAUUUCUAGAGAUUUCACUAGUUUUAAGAGCUUAUUUGAUUAUUUUUAAUGUUUUAUAAUGUUAAUUUUAGCAUGAAUAUUAUAUUUAGUCUAUUCUCGUUAAAAAAUGUUAAAAUUGAGAAAAUAACUACCGAUUUUCAAAAAAUAUAUUUUGGUUUAUCCCUGCAUAGAAAAUAUUGUUCUGCAAUAUCUCGAGGAUGCUUAAAUUAAGAAUUGAAAGUAGAAUAUUGCUUGUUUUCAAAAUAAAAUGCUUAUUUCUAUCUUUAUAGUCCUGCCAAUUUCUAGAUAUACAAAUCUUAAUUUAGGAUGUCUUAUCAAGUAAAAUGAUCUGUACAUGCAGCUACUUAAUACCACUAGUUUUUAAUAUUUUUUCCUGAAAUCAAAUAUUUUGACAGCUCACUUAUGUAGUGUGCGCACAUAGACUCAUUUUGCACAUGUUUGGACCCAUUUUGUGCAUACGCAAACCCAUUUUUAGCCCAUGUAAGCUAACUUUGCACACAUGCGGACUCAUUUUGUUCAUAUGCAAACUAAUUUUUUGCCCAUGCAGACUAAUUUUGCACAUGUGCAGACUAACUUUGUGCAUACGUAAAGACAUUUUUUGCCCAUGCGGACUCAUUUUGCACACGUGCGGACUCAUUUUGCACAUAUACUGACUUUUUAUGCGCGAGUGCGGACCCAUUUUGAUAUGCAAACACAUUUUUUGCGCAUGCGGACUCAUUUUGUAAAUACGAAAACAGGUUUUGACCAUGCGGAUUACUUUUGCACGUGUGUUUUGCAAUCAUUUUGCGCGCCUAUGGAUUCAAUUCAUGCAUGUGCAAACUAAUUUUUUGUACAUGCGGACUCAUUUUAUGCAGGCACCAACCAGUUUUUUGCGCAUGUGGCCUCCUUUUGCAUAUGUGCAGACUCAUUUUGCACACGUGUGGACUCAUUUUGUGCAUACGCAAACCCAUCUUUUGACCAUGUGGAUUAGUUUUGCACACAUGCCGACUAAUUUUGUACGCACACAGACUCAUUUUAUACAUGCGCAAACACAUUUUUUCGCAUGAGCAAACACAUUUUUUGUGCAUGCACGCAAACUGAUUUUGCACGCAUGCAGACUAAUUUUUCACACGUGUAGACUCAUUUUGUGCAUGGGCCAAAUAAUUUUAAGCUUGUGCAGCUUCUGUGCGUGUGUGGCAUGUUUUUGCACGUACACAGUCUCUUUUUGCACUUGCGCUUUCUCUUUCCCCACCCGCACAACGUUCCACUCUUUUGGCACUAAGGGGCGGGCAAUAAAUAGAUGGCCCAGCAUCUCCCCUCCUUUCUUAUUGGUCACCAGGAGACAGUGAAGUGUGAAGUGAAUUAUAUUUAUAUAGCGCUUUUCUCUAGUGACUCAAAGCGCUUUACAUAGUGAAACCCAAUAUCAAAGUUACAUUUAAACCAGUGUGGGUGGCACUGGGAGCAGGUGGGUAAAGUGUCUUGCCCAAGAACACAACGGCAGUGACUAGGAUGGCAGAAGCGGGGAUCGAACCUGCAACCCUCAAGUUGCUGGCACGGCCGCUCUACCAACCGAGCUAUACCGCCCCAGUAGAUGUUUAAGGCGACCAAUCAGAAAGAAGGGGAGAUGCUGGGCCGUGUAAUCAAAAUGUAGAAUGUCGGAAAAGACACAUGGCGAACAAUCGCGCACACAGAGGCCUCACGGGCUUAAAAUGAGUUUACAGUCGUGUGCAAAAUGCAGUGAGCUUUUAACGCGCCAAGAUUGUGGCCCUUUUUUGACAUCAUACAUGUUGCAUUUUGUAUGUGUGUGUCACUAGCACGCUCAUGUCUAUUUUAGAAGAUUUUUAAGCAGGUAUAUACAGUAAUACUGAAUUAUUUAUCAAUCAAGUUCCAGACACCCUGAAAUAUGAACAGGAAAGACGUUUUAUGGAGAAUAAUCCUAGUUGUACGCACACAAAACAAUAUAUGUAAAUGAUGAAAGAAAUGAUCACGUUUACUUUUAUUGAAGAUUGAGGCCAAGGGAGGAGCCACAUAAUGCUCUUUCUUGAAUUCAGUAGUUUUUCACCUUCUUUAUCAAAGUACUCACAACUUUCUUUGGCCCCAUUGUGGAUUAAAUUGCAGUCAUACUAAAAAAAAAAAAAGACAUCGAUACUGAGUCCCCAAUGCGAGGGAUGCUUAAGUUUGGGAGAUGAUAUCUGAUCAAACAUACUAUUUUGUUAGGUGCAAUAUUUGGCUGUACGAUAACUGAUAUACGAAAACCGGAGCAACAUUUAAAAAAAACUAAUCAUAAGAAAAGUGUGGCUGUAUAAACAGAUAAUAUCAGAGCCGGAUAUGUGGAAACAACAUAAGAUGUCCUGAAAAGUGCCCAAUCAUGUCCGUACUUGAGACUUUCUCCACUGAUGGCGGAGACGGCGGCCAUUUAGAUAAUUGUCUCUUUCAAAAGGACAGGUUAUAGGUUGGUUUUUUUUUUUUUUUUCAAAAGACAAAAACAGCUUGCGUGUCUGUGAUAACGUGUAAUGUUUGAUUAUUGAAGCACAAGUGUGAACGCAGCCUCAACAAGACUUUUCUUUCUUGUGGUGAAGAAUGUUCCAACUUGAUUCAUUCAAGCAUGUUGUAAAGAGAUUUGAUUUGAAGAGAUGUUUUUGCACAUAAUUCAUAAUAUCAUGUGGACUUUGUAGCCAUGGAGCCCGAAUCCCUUCCUCCUCACCUUCUUCAAGCUGCCGCAUCAAGUCGUUGAUGUCCACUCAACCUUCUACCUCACUUGACUGAUGUUUCUACUAGUGCUGUCCCACUAGUACUACCUGCUAGUUUUACUUACUAGUACUACUUACUAGUGUUGUCACUACUUCAUCGGACCAAAAGCAAGAGUGUGUAUCCUCCUGAGAACUACAGCUUCUCUUUGUGGUCCCAAAGUACUACAAACUAGGGGUGUCCCAAUCCGAUAUUGACAUCGGUCUGAUAUCAGCAAAAAAAAAAAAAAAAGUAUCGAAUGAUAUCGGCUUGCAUGUAAAAUGUCCCUGCUUCCUGGAGGACAUUUAGGACUCCUUGUAUCGAACGUUUGAUCUUUUAUUGUGUUUUAGUGAAGUUAUUUACGAACGGUAAACAUGGAAGGCUAUAAGCUACUAGGAGCUAGCAGCUACACAGCAGCUAAGCACACAAUAGCACACAUGCUAGACCAGCCCUUGUCUAAAAGUGGGGCGCGGUGCGAUGCUUUUUUUUCCCCGUACCAGAAUAUGAUGAAGCGUAUGUAGGUAACACAGUAACCACGGUGGGAGACGAGGAAAGACCAGUGUGUUGUUUCCUUUAAUGUUAAUACGCUUACAAUGUUAUGCAGACGUAUAGUUAUAACAAUUGUAUAGAUAAGUUAUACUGUUUGUCUAUAAUAGUAUCGGAGGUGUAAAAAAAUUUUUUUGAGAAGAACUGUGCUAGACAUACGUAAUAAAUGUCCUUAUUUGAACAAUAUUGCAGUCUAAAACAUGACGUUUGUCAAUGUAAACAAAUAUCAAAUCAUUUUAGUUGCAUAUUACUUACAUUUACCAAGUCUCCAAGGCAGAAACGUAUUAGAAAUAAUUCAGUAACAAACGUGUCUGCAUUAUUCAACUAACUGCCUCACUGCUAAAUCUUUCAUAAAGUUAGUGUUUUUCAUACCUACCAUUGUUCUCUGACUAAGUUCACUUGAUCAAACCUUUUCUAACAUUCUACACUACAUAAUACAAGUUUGUGCUAUGUUUCCUGCUGAUAUCGUAUCAGAUUAAUAUCAAUAUCGGCUAACAUUCAAGGCUCCUACAUUGGUAUCAUGUUGGAAGUGGAAAAGUUGAAUCGGGACACUCCUACUGCCUACUAGUCAUGGUCUACUAGUAUUGGUCUGAUAGUAUUGUUCUGCUAGUACUGCCACUACUUCAUUGGACCAAAAGAAAGACUGUGUGUCCUUUUGAGUACUACAACUUCUCUGUGUGGUACCAGAGUACUACAAACACGAUGACAACUUCUCUACUCGGUUUUCUGACAUAUUCUGCUCUUGUGCUCAAUCAGUGCUGCUGUUUCUCCUCAUGACUGUACAAUACAUGUUAUUACCUCUUAUUUUUAUCAUCAUCACUGGCAGUCAAAUAUGCUCCAAAAAUGUCCUUACUUGAAUUGGGCCUGAGUUGGUUGGAUCUUCAGGCCUUGCUUUGUAGCGUUCACUGCACGAUUUUGCAAACAUUGUCACCAAUAACCACCAUGAACCUCAUAUUUAUGCAAUAUUGUCUCUCCAUGUUUUUCCUUGUCACUCUUUUGUUCUUUUUUUUAUAUUUAAAACAUGGUAUUUUCUUGCUGCAUUUUUUCCCAACAGCGUUUGCAUGUGUUUGUGUCACUCCUAGACCAACCUGUCAAGCAGCAUCAUUUUCCAUAUGAAGUUAUUCAUCUUACAACAAUGAAGUUGGAGUAAAAGUAUUGGCAGUAAAAAAAAACGAAGACUUGAUUUACCAAAUGUCAACAUUUUAUGAUAAAAGUAAAUCUGCAACUAGUUAAGAGAGCUGCCAUACUCAUCAGAUAUUGUUACAUAUUAGCUCAAAAAUAUUCAUCUUUAUGCUCAUUAAAGUCAGCAUUUCUAUCUCAUGAUAAUCAAAUUGUAUUCACAUUAAAUGACUACUUUUUCCUUCAAAUAUGACUAUUUUGAUCAAAUUACAACAAUGUAUUUGUGAUAUUGCAACUGUACAGUCCAUCCAUCUUCUUCUGCUUAUCAAAAGUUGGGUCGCGGGGGCAGCAGCCUAAGCAGAGAAGCCCAGACUUCCCUCUCCCCAGCCACUUCGACCAGCUCCUCCCAGGGGACUCCUAAGCGUUCCCAGGCCAGCUGGGAGACAUAGUCUCUCCAACGUGUCCUGGGUCUUCCCUGUGGCCUCUUACCCAUCAGACGUGCCCUAAACACCUCCCCAGGGAAGCGUCCGGGCAGCAUCCUGACCAGAUGCCCGAACCACCUCAUCUGGCUCCUCUCGAUGUGGAGGAGCAGCAGCUUUACUUUGAGCUCCUCCCAGAUGGCAGAGCUUCUCACCCUAUCUCCAAGGGAGAGCCCCGCCACCCCACUGAGGAAACUAAUUUAGGCUGUUUGUACCCGUGAUCUUGUACUUUCGGUCAUAACCCAAAGCUCAUGACCAUAGGUGAGGAUGGGAACGUAGAUCGUCCGGUAAAUUGAGAGCUUUGCCUUCCGGCUCAGCUCCUUCACCAUGACGAACCGAUGCAGGGUCUGCAUCACUGCAGACGCCGCACCGAUCCGCCUGUCGAUCUCACGAUCCACUCUUCCUUCACUCUUGAACAAGACUCUGAGGUACUUGAACUCCUCCACUUGGGGCAAGAUCUCUUUCCCAACCCGGAGAUGGUACUCCACCCUUUUCCGGGCUAGAACCACAGACUCGGACUUGGAGAUGCUGAUUCUCAUCCCAUUUGCUUCACGCUCGGCUGCAAACUGGUCCAGUGAGAGCUGAAGAUAAUGGCCAGAUAAAGCCAUCAGGACCACAUCAUCAGCAAAAAGCAGAGACCUAAUCCUGCAGACACCAAACCGGUUCGCCUCAACGCCUUGACUGCGCCUAGAAAUUCUGUACAUAAAUGUUAUGGACAGAAUCAGAACAGAAACUGUACAUAAAAGUUAUGAACAGAAUCGGUGACAAAGGGCAGCCUUGGCGGAGUCCAACCCUCACUGGAAACAGAUCCAACUUACUGCCGGCAAUUCGGACCAAGCUCUGACACUGAUCAUACAGGGAGCGGACUGCCACUAUCAGACAGUCCGAUACCCCAUAAUCUCCGAUCACCCUCGCAAGACUUCCCGAGGAACACAGUUGAUGUAGAUUGGUUGGGCAAACUUCCAGGCACCCUCAAGGAUCCUGCCAAGAGUAUAGAGCUGGUCCACAUUUCCACGACCACGACGAAAACCACACUGCUCCUCCUGAAUCUGAGGUUCGACUAUCUGGCGUAGCCUCCUCUCCAGUACACCUGAAUAGACAUUACCAGGAAGGCUGAGGAGUGUAAUUCCACGAUCAUUGUAACACACCCUCCGGUUCCCCUUCUUAAAGAGAGGAACCACCACCCUGGUCUGCCAAUCCAGACGCACGGCCCCUGAUGUCCACGCAAUGUUACAGAGUCUUGUCAACAAAGACAUCCCCACAGCAACCAGAGCCAUAAGGAACUCCGGGCGGUUCUCAGCCACCCCCGGGGCCUUGCCACCGAGGAGCUUAACUACCUCGGCAACCUCAGCCCCAGAAAUAGAUUCCCCAGACACUGCUUCCUCAUAGGAAGACAUGCAAUUGGGAUUGAGGAGGUUUUCGAAGUAUUCCCUCCACCGAUUCGCAACGUCCUAAGUCGAGGCCGCAGCACCAUCCCCACCAUACAUGGUGUUGACAGUGCACUGCUUCCCCUUCCUGAGGCGGCAGAUGGGGGUCCAGAAUCGCUUCGAAGCAGUCUGAAAGUCGUUUUCUAUGGCUUCUCAGAACUCCUCCCAUGUCCGAGUUUUUGCCUCUGAGAUUGCCGAAGCCGCGCGCUGCUUGGCCUGUCAGUACUCGUCCGCUGCCUCCGGAAUCCCAUGAGCCAAAAUGACACGAUACGGCUCCUUCUUCAGCUUCAGGGCAUCCCAUGUCCAUCAGCGGGUUCUAGGAUUACUGCCACGACAGGCACUAACCACCUUGUGGCCAUAGCUCCAAUCAGCUGCCUCGACAAUAGAGGUACGGAACAUGGUCACCUCGGACUCAAUGUCCAGCGCCUGACUCGUGACAUGUUCAAAGUUCUUCCCAAGGUAGGAAUUGAAACCCUCUCUGAUGGGAAACUCUGCCAGACGUUCCCAGCAGACUCUGACAAUGCGUUUGGGCCUGCCAGGUCUGUCCGGCAUCCUCCCCCACCAUCAGAGCAAACUCACCACCAGGUUUUGAUCGGUAGAAAGCUCCGCCCCUCUCUUUACCCGAGUGUCUAAAACAUAAGACCGCAAAUUCGAUGACACAACUAUAAAGUUGAUCAUGGAACUACGGCCUAGGGUGUCCUGGUGCCAAGUGCACAUAUGGACACCCUUAUGUCCGAACAUGGUGUUCGUUAUGGACAAUCUGUGACGAACACAAAAGUCCAAUAACAAAACAUCACUUGGGUUCAGAUCAGGGCGGCCAUUCUUCUCAAUCACACCUUUCCAGGUUUUACUGUCGUUGCCAAUGUGAGCGUUGAAGUCACCCAGCAGAACAAGGGAGUCACCCGGGGAGCACUCUCCAGUACUCCCUCCGGGGUAUCCAAAAAGGGCGGGUACUCUGAGCUGCUAUUUGGUGCAUAAGCACAAACAUUCAGGACCCGUCCCCAAACCCGACGGCAGACAGAAGCUACCCUCUUGUCUACUGGGUUAAACUCCAACGUACAGGCUUUGCGCCGGGGGAGGCAACAAGAGUUGCAACGACAGAGUGGGAGAGAGUCCAGCCCCUUUCGAGAGGACUGAUUCCAGAGCCUUUGCUGUGCAUCGAAGUGAGUCCGACCAUAUCUCGCCGAAACUUCUCCACCUGGCCCAACAGCUCAGGCCCCUUCCCCCCCCCGGUGAGGUGACGUUCCGAGAGCUAGCUUUUGUAGUCGAGGAUCAAACCGCCGAGGGUCCUGCCUUCACCCGACCUCUACGCCCCCUCCUAUUGAGUGGUGAGCCCAUUGGAGGGCAACUAUACAGUGGGCACAUAAUUAAUGCAUUAAUUUGCAUAAAAUACUUUGUAUUUAUAAAAUUGUAACCUAUUUGUAAUAAUACAAAUGUAAAUCUCGUAAACACACUAUUUUUCUCAUUCUAAUUUUUUAACCCAUAAGAUGACUUUUCUGAAUAUUCCCAUCACAAUCUUACAAUUUAUUUGCAAUAUUACAAAUAUUUUUGAUAUAAUUUGCAUAAAUUACUACUUUUUCCUCAGAAUUUUCAGACUUAAUUCUCUUAAACUUGUAACUUAAUAUAAAAUAUUACAAAUUACCGCAAUUUUUUUCUCAUCAUAUUCUAUUUUAUUCUCAUAAAUUACUAUUUACUUUACGACUAUACUCACAAAAAAGUAUUGUAUUUUACUGGCAAUAUUACAACCAUACUCAUAAAACUAGCAUUUUACUCGUAUCGUUCCAACUGUGCUCGUAAAAUAUUUGCUGUUUACAAGUGAUAUUGGACUAUACUUGUAAAAUUACUGCAUGUUACUCGUAAUUUUACGACUACACUCAAAAUUUGUAUUUACUCGUGAUACAUUUGCCUAAUUGUAAUAUUACGACCAUAUUUUAAUGAAAUAUUUUAAUUUUAUAACGGACUUUGUUCCCACAAAUAAAAUAUUUUUUAUCAUAAUAUCCUGACUUAUUUCACAUGAAAUUACUAUUUUUUUCCUCCUAUUAAAAUAUUCCGACUUCACUCUCAUAAAAUAUUGCAACUUUUGCUUUUUUAUAUUGUGACUUUAUCCUCAUGAAACUACAUUUUCUUGAUAUGGCCUUCAUUUUGUAAUACACAGUACUGAUUUAAUUCUCAAGGUUUUUUCUAAUAACUAUUCUCAUGAUAAGAUUUUUUGCCCCUGAAAUAUAUAAUUUUUCUAAAAUGACAUUGUCCUAGAAUAUUCAGAAUUUAUUCUUGUUGCAUUUUUUACAAUCUUAGUAUUAGCUCAGUCUCAUAAAAUGUCGUUUGGCUCUCUAAAACGAUAGCUUCUAUUGUAAUAUUGUAUUAUAAAGAAUAAAGCCAUAAUAUUGCUUUUUGUUUUAGAUCACUACUGUUUCACUUUGUCCCUAACAUUUCCAAAAGUCCACACAAAAGUUCUUCUAGGAGUGCAUCAAACUUCUAUGCAACAUUUUUGACUUCUAAUUCCAGAGAAAUCAUUUGAGCUUUCAUUGAAACUAUGCAGAGCACACCUUUAUUUGUUUUACUUUGGAAUGCAACUUCUCAGGAGAUGUAAGACAGCAAGGUAGCUUCAUUUCAGGGUCAACAGCAAGGUGUCACAAUGAAAGGCAGGUUCUGUGUUUCAGGUCAUAUUCCUUUUCGCCUCACUUUAUGAAUACCAAGUAGUUUCUUUUUUGGAAAGUUGCUACAAUUGCAGAGGAAAUGUUAGUAAGUCAAUGUCAGCUUUUAGCUCUGUUGAUGUGUUGCUAAGAAGUUACUGCAUGUGGGAAAUGAUGUCUUCUUCUCAUGUUCUCUUUAUGCCUGCUUCUUCUUUUUUUAAAUACACAUUUACUCCAAGAGUUAUGUUUAACUAAAAAUGGCCUUUCUGUUGAUAUGAGGAUUUCCUCCUGAUGUCAUGUUUACAGCGUAUUUGGCCAACGUUGUUGUCUCAGUGACUGCAUUCAGUUGGGUGCAGUUGGAACCACAUGAUGAAUGUGAAAAUAAAUAUUCUUUUUUCUA